AUUGAACGCGCUCGGCGGAAACGGAAACUGUGAAGAGGAGCCAACAUGGCCGACAGGCUAACGCAGCUUCAGGAUGCUGUGAACUCCCUGGCGGAUCAGUUCUGUAAUGCGAUUGGAGUUCUGCAGCAGUGCGCACCACCGGCCUCCUUCAGCAACAUCCAGACGGCCAUCAAUAAAGACCAGCCCUCAAACCCCACAGAAGAAUAUGCUCAGCUGUUUGCAGCGCUGAUAGCAAGAACAGCAAAAGAUGUUGAUGUGCUGAUCGACUCUCUGCCCAGUGAAGAAUCCACUGCAGCCUUGCAGGCCGCCAGUCUGCGACAGCUGGAAGAGGAGAACCAGGAAGCUGCAGCGCGUCUGGAGGAAGUGGUUUACAGAGGAGACGCCCUGCUGGAGAAGAUCCAGACGGCACUAGCAGACAUCGCCCAAUCACAGCUCCGCACCCGCAGCGGAGCCCCGAGUCAGCAAACACCUCCAGAAUCCUGACAGAAAAAAACCACAACAUGAACUAUAGUGUCGGGACACAGCAGGGAUUUUAUACGCAUCCUACAUCGACUGCAGGAGACUCACUGUUUCACAUCGGUUUCUGGACUAAAGAAAGCUGAUUUCCCAUCGCAUGUCUUUAUUGUGCGACCUCUGUUUUUUACCUUGUGUAAUGUUCAUCAGCGUGUUACUACCAUUAAUAGUCAGCUUCUGGGUAUGUUUUGUAAAUUAAAUGUUGUUUUUUUCCCUCACCAGCAUUAUGCUGAUACUCUUGUUUUGAAAGAAGUUAUGUUUAACAAAUAAAAAUAUAUUGUAUGA